AUGAAGUUCUUCAUUGCUUUGCUCGCCUUAGCUGCGUUUGCUGCAGCCGAAGCUGGUCCAAACCUGGAAGCCAGAGCUGGAUGCUCCCAAAAGGGCCAAUACUGUAAUGGCGGUACUUUCCUGUGCUGUCCAGGCCAGGGUAGCUGCUCAGGCAAUGUGUGCAAGUAA